UCGGACUGGAAAAUGAAUUUGAUCGGAGUUGUAUUUUUGGGACUCGCCGUUCCCAGUAUAUUUGUUAACGCUGCAACCAAGGAUUGGUGGGAAACUGCCUCAAUUUAUCAAAUUUAUCCGCGUUCCUUUAAAGAUAGUAAUGGAGAUGGAAUUGGUGACCUUAAAGGUAUCACUGAAAUGUUACCUUACCUGAAAGAAAUUGGUGUAGACGUAACUUGGCUUUCACCAAUUUUCAAGUCACCUAUGGCUGACUUCGGUUACGAUAUAUCAGAUUUCUUUGAUAUCCAACCUGAGUAUGGAACAUUACAAGAUUUCGAUAACCUCAUCGCGAGAGCUAAAGAAGUCGGUGUUAAAGUUUUAUUGGAUCUUGUACCAAAUCAUUCAAGUGAUGAGAACGAAUGGUUCAUCAAAUCACUGAACAAGGAGCAGGGAUAUGAGAGUUUCUACGUUUGGCAUCCAGGUUACCCUGAUCCAAAAAAUUCUACAAAUCGGUUACCUCCAAGCAACUGGAUUAGCGAGUUUAGAUUUUCUGCAUGGACUUGGAGGGAGGAACGUCAAGAGUUUUACUUGCAUCAAUUUCUCUAUAAACAGCCAGAUUUCAACUACAGAAACCCAGCAGUUGUUCAACAGAUGAAGGAUAUAAUGACCUUCUGGCUGAAACGUGGAAUUGAUGGAUUCAGAAUAGAUGCAGUACCACAUCUAUUCGAAGUUGAACCGGAUAGAGAUGGUGUAUACCCAGACGAACCAUUAUCUGGCGAGACAGAUGAUCCUAAUUCCUACAAUUACCUCAAACAUAUUUACACAUUUGACCAACCAGAAACUAUUGACAUGGUCUACCAAUGGCGUCAAGUUGUAGAUGAUUUCCAGAAGCAGAAUGGUGGCGAUACCAGAAUUCUCUUAACGGAAGCUUAUUCACCUCUAAAUGUGUUAAUGCAAUAUUAUGGGAAUGCCACCAUGAAUGGAUCGCAUAUUCCAUUUAAUUUCCAUUUGAUUACGGAACUCAAUGAAACAUCGAAAGCUCCAGACUUUGAAAGGGUUAUAAACGAAUGGAUGAAUGCAAUGCCUGCGGGUAGGACAGCUAAUUGGGUGUUGGGAAAUCAUGACCAACGUCGUGUUGCGAGCCGGUACGGGGUCGAAAAAAUUGAUUUACUCAAUAUGCUUCUAAUGAUUCUCCCUGGAGUCGCCGUAAAUUAUAAUGGUGAAGAGAUAGGCAUGACAGAUGUUUGGAUUUCAUGGAAUGAUACUGUUGAUCCAGAAGCCUGUAACACCGAUCCUGAACACUAUGAAGCCGUCAGUCGGGACGUGGCAAGAACGCCUUUCCAAUGGGAUGAUGGGACAGAUGCUGGCUUUUCAACAGGAUCACACACCUGGCUCCCUAUUGGCUUGAAUUAUAAGCAAGUCAAUGUGGAGACAGAGCGGAAAUAUGUAAGAAGCUACCUUAAUACUUACAAACGCGCCAAGGAGUUGCGACAUAACACGAAAACCUUCCAAGAUGGAGAUUUCAAGAUGGUAGCGAUAAAUGAAAAUGUAUUUGGAAUUGAAAGGUCGCUUCAGAAUCAGGACACUUUCGUGAUGGUAGCCAACGUGGGAUCGAGACUGGAGAGAGUCAACUUGGGCUCCUUAGAAAACUCAUUAGACGUAAUGGAAGUUGUUUUGUCGAGUGACAAGUCGCCGAGAAGGAUUGGGGAUGUCAUCCGCGCUUCGGAGUUCAUACUUCUACCAAAUGAGGCAUUGUAUUUGCGACCAAAGGCAUAGUCAUCUUCUGAUAAUACUUUAUUAUUUUUAAUUGAAAUUUAUUUAUUUGGUGGUG